AUGGCUCCAAUAGGUUCUCAUGUUUUGAUCGGUCUAACAAUGAUCCUUGUCAUCUCAGGAAAACUACUAGUUUCAGGGCAAGGAACGUGCCAAGGAGACAUCGAGGGUUUGAUGAGAGAAUGUGCGGUCUACGUCCAGCGUCCAGGCCCAAAGGUAAACCCAUCCGCAGGGUGUUGCAGAGUCGUUAAGAGAUCAGAUGUACAUUGCGCAUGUGGCCGUAUCACGCCUUCAGUCCAGAAAAUGAUAGACAUGGAUAAGGUUGUUCAUGUCACUGCCUUUUGUGGGAAGCCUCUCGCUCAUGGUACCAAGUGUGGAAGUUACGUUGUGCCAUGA